GUAAAUAAAUUUUUUUUAUCAUUCUCAUUUUUGUGAUGUGAUAACAAAAUGAAUAUGCCGCUUGAAACUUGAAUUUUUGAUCUCUUCACUGGAAAAUCAUUUAAAUCUGGAAGAGUCUUUCACUUGGAAUGAUUGGAAAGCUGAUCGCUAAACAAUCCUCGAUAUGCCUCACCUAUGCGCGUUAUGCCAUUAAUGAAGCUACUUGUGUGAAAUUUAUCAAGUUUUCACGUUUCCAACGCGGGUUUUCAUCUCUGAAUUCGUCGAGUAAAGUUCCAUUCACCAUGAAGAUAGACACCCCCGAAUUCCAAUCCCUGUUCACUCCAGAAUUGAAUACUUUGGCCGAACUUUUUUCUAAAUAUGGUUACGAAAUACGAAUCGUCGGAGGUGCAGUUCGAGAUUUGUUGAAUGGAAAAAAGCCUCACGACUUGGAUUUCGCCACAACGGCAACCCCGCAACAAAUGAAAGAAAUGUUUGAAAAAGAACAGAUUCGAAUGUUGAAUAAUAAAGGAGAAAAACACGGUACAAUUACACCUCGUAUCAACGAUAAAGAGAAUUUUGAGGUGACAACGUUGAGAAACGAUGUAAAAACCGAUGGUCGUCAUGCUGAAGUAGAAUUUACUACUGAUUGGCAAGUUGACGCUGCUAGACGCGAUUUAACGAUCAAUUCCAUGUUUUUAGGUUUGGAUGGCACCGUUUAUGAUUAUUUCGGUGGCUAUGAAGAUUUGAAAAAUAAGCGCGUACUGUUUGUUGGAACUGCUAGUAAACGUAUUCAAGAAGACUAUCUGAGAAUUUUAAGAUAUUUUAGAUUUUUUGGAAGAAUCGUCGAGAAUGCAAAUUCACACGAUGAAAAAACUCUCGAAGCUAUUCGUGAAAAUGGCCCCGGAUUGCAGAAAAUUUCCGGCGAACGUAUCUGGUCCGAGUUGAAUCGUAUAAUUGUUGGGAAUUUUUGCGAGGAAAUUGUCAAGAAAAUGUUCGAAUUGGGAUUAUCGCCUUAUAUGGGUCUCGGCUCGUGUGAAGAAUUAGAGAUUACAACAUUCGAAAAAAUAUGUCGACUUCGUGAAAAGUACGCUUUUAAAGCGAUUACUUCUAUAGCUGCUCUGUUACCGGAUGAAGAAAAGGUCGAAGAAUUUCACUGUCGGGUAAAACUGUCGAGUCACGAACGUAAUUUAGCUCUUUUCCUGGUUGUCCAUAAAACUGUCGAUUUCAACGAAUCAAAAGAUAAUCCUCUUAGGCCGUUUCAAAGAUUACUCAUUAUGACUACCAUGAAAAAAGAUCAAGUACGCGAAUACAUUAUGGAAUUAUUCCGAUUCCACGACAGAGAAGAUUUGAUCGAAUCGUUUAAAUCGUGGAAAAUGCCUUACCUUCCUAUUAAAGGCGAAAAUUUGAAAGAAAAAGGAGUCAAAGGCGUGCAAAUGGGUGUUGUAAUCAACCGAAUGAAGGAGCUGUGGAUUGAUAGCGACUUCCAAUUGACUGAAACCGAUUUAAUGGGCAAGCUUCCUGAAAUUUUAACUCAGUUGCCUGGAAUUAUGGGCGAACAGCAUCAACGAAAGAAUAAAAAAAUCAAGACUUCUAGUUGAAAAUUUGCUAGACUUAAAUAAACACAAUUUUGUUAUA